CGAGUGCCACCAAGGUUCAGCAAGGCACCGGACCCUGUCUACGAAGUAAUGCCCGGAGCCUCGCUGAGUAUAUCUUGUGUAGCGGUGGGCUCACCUAUGCCCUAUGUGCAGUGGAAGAAGGGCCCGGCCAUCGACGUGACUGACAAUCUCAUCACUAAGAACGUCCUGGUGCUGGAGAACAUCCAGGAGUCAGCUAACUACACCUGUCAAGCGCAGUCAACUCUGGGCCUGGUGACCAAGGACGUGGCUGUCAAGGUGCAAGCCCUGCCGCGGCCUCCUGAUAACGUGCGCAUCAGCGACAUAAUGCCGACGUCUGUGCGCAUCACGUGGAGCUACGACGUCAACCCUGGCGAGGUGUCACACUACGCCUUGCAGUACAAGCCGCGCCACGCCGACCGGGAUUACGCCGAGAUCACAGGCCUCGUCACCAAGUUCUACACCGUCAGCAAUCUGACGCCCUACACGGAGUACGAGUUCCACGUGCUGGCUGUCAAUAAGAUUGGCCGCGGCCCGCCUUCAGAGCCUGCGAUAGUUACCACUGGUGAGAGAGAAGGGCCUGGCAGCAAUUCAAAGCCUGGGAGCUCCCCGAGGAACGUGCACGUCCGCCCCCUGUCUUCCUCGACCAUGGUGAUCCAGUGGGACGAACCCGAGACUCCCAAUGGUCAGAUUACGGGCUACAAGCUGUAUUAUACUACCAACCCGUCACUACCAAUCCAGUCUUGGAAGAGUCAGCCUGUGCAGGACAACAAGCUCACCACCAUUGGGGACCUGACUCCCCACACCAUCUACACCAUUCGUGUGCAAGCAUAUACUGGUAUUGGCCCUGGACCACUCUCCGAGCCUGUCAAAGUCAAGACUCAACAAGGAGUGCCAAGUCAGCCAACGAAUCUUUUACCAUCUCGAGUGACUGCCACAUCUAUUGAGCUGAGUUGGACUCGGCCUUCACACCAGGGAGAGAACAUAAUAUCCUAUGAACUCUUCUGGAAUGACUCAACUACUCAGAAACAGGAGCAACGCAACAUUCCUGAGGGUGAGAGCUACACCCUUGAAAACUUGCAGCCCAAUACAGUGUACAACAUGUGGUUAGCUGCCAGAUCUCAGAGGGGCGAGGGAGCAGCUACAGCACCCAUAUCUGUCCGCACAGAUCAGCACACCCCAGGUGCUCCCCCUAGUGACAUUCGGGCUGUUGCUGAGGACUCGGAGAGCAUUAGAGUGGAAUGGCAACCUCCACCCCUAGAUAAGCAGCAUGGUGAUAUCACGAACUACAAGCUUAUGUUUGUCAACAAUACAAGGCCAGACUCUGAUGCUUCGGUCAUCUCAAUAUCGGAUCCCAAUCAGCGCGAGUACCUCAUCACUAACUUGAAAAAGUGGACUGAGUAUCGAGUUUGGAUGCUUGCAGGAACUGUUGUAGGGGAUGGGGUCAAGUCUGAUCCCCAGAUGGUGCGCACUGAUGAAGAUGCUGCUCCGGGGCUUCCUGGUGAACCCCGUAACGUCAAAGUGGAUGUAAUCAAUAGCACAAGCAUCGAGGUGACCUGGACGCCUCCAAAUGAAAGAGAGAGGCAUGGAAUCAUUCGAGGAUACCAGAUCCAUAUACAAGAGAUAGAAGGACGGGGGGAAGGACAUGUAGUUGCUAGCUUGAAUCCAUACACUGUUCAUAAUGGGGAGGCAACCAGCUUCAUCGUCACAAACCUGCAGCCAGACACUGAAUACCAGGUGCAGGUGUCGGCCAUUACCAGGAAAGGUGAUGGCGUGAGGUCAGCACCAGAGAGAGUGCAGAUGCCUGGGGGUGUGCCAGACAAGCCAGCUCUCAUUGUCAAUGGCACGGUUGACAAAGAGACUGGAAAACUCUCUGUUUAUGUGGAGUGGGUGGCUCCAACUGAAACCUACGGAGAAAUUAUGGGAUAUCGUCUUAGAUAUGGACCUAGAGGAGAAGAACUGGAGACCAUAACAUUGGAGGGCCAUUCAAUGCUGCAUAAAACUUUAAAUGACUUGCAACGAGGUAUCGAGUACGAAAUAAGAGUGGCUGGUCGUAACCAUAUAAAUUAUGGACAAGAGGCUGCAAAGUAUUACAUUACACCAGAAGCUGCUCCUUCUGGUCCUCCCACAAAUAUAACUUACAGAUAUCAAACUCCAGGGACAAUUGUUUUCACUUGGGAUCAACCAGCACCAAGUGAUCGAAAUGGAGUAAUUAUUCUCUACGAACUACAAUUCAGCAAGAAUGUAAUUCUCAACAAUGACUUCAAACAUGAUAAAAAUGUUAGUGAUAGUAAUCGCAUAGUGUUUAAUGGCUUGGAAGAAAAUAUGGAUUAUACAUUUAAGGUACGUGCUUGGACUUCAAAAGGCCCUGGACCAUACAGUGAGACUUUGCACCUACAUACUGAACCUGACCUUGUCCGUGCCCCUAUGAACUUGCAGGGCCUUGCCACGUCAGAAUCCUCCAUUGAAAUUUGGUGGGAACCAGUGCCCUCACGAGGCAAAGUCAUAGGAUACCAGGUGUUCUACACAAUGUCUCCUGGACCUGAUUUGGAUUUGUGGGAUCAAGUUAGUGUUCCAAUAACCCACUCGGCAGAACUUCAAAACCUUGAACGUCAUGCUGAGUAUGCCAUUGCUGUGGCUGCGCGAACUGCUUCCGGCCUGGGUCGUCUAUCAACACUUCUCCAAGUUCGUGUUAAGCCUGUUGAUGUCCCCAUGCACCUGCGGGCUCAUCACGUGACCACACACUCUGCUAAUCUUACGUGGGGACCACCUAUUCAACUCAACCCCAUGCACUUUAAGGUGACCUACAGUGCAGUGAAAGAAUUUGUGGAUGCCCAAGGAGUCACACAAGUCCAAAGAAUCCCAACUGUUACCCAUAUUGUCCAAUAUCGAAAAUAUUGCUAUAUCAUAGAAGACUUGAGGCCUUUCACUACUUACACUGUAAAUGUUACUGCUGUACCCCAAACAAAUGAAUACCGUCCACCAGCUAAAAUUACAGUUACCACUCAAAUGGCAGCUCCCCAGCCCAUGGUUAAGCCAGACUUCUACGGAGUUAAGGGUGAUCAUGAGAUUGCCAUGAUCCUACCCCAGGCUUCAGAGGAAUAUGGCCCGAUUGCUUUUUACUACCUCAUUGUUGUACCGGAGGAUAAGAUGCACCCCUUCAAGAAUCCUGAUCAGUAUCUGACUGAUGAUCUCAUAGCUAACAAAGCGGGAAGUAAGGAGGCUCUAGCAGAAGGUCCGUACAUUGCGGCAAAGUUCCUACAUCGUAAUAUACCAUACUCUUUUUCUCUUGGCAAUGGACUAAUAUAUGAGGGCUUCAAGAACAGACCUCUACAGAAAAAGAAGAGAUACAAGAUUUUUGUAAGGAGUGUAGUGGACACGCCUGGUCAGCACCUGUAUACAUCAUCACCGUUCUCUGCCUUCAUCUCGCUCGACAUGCGUCCCGCACCCUCGGGAGAACUGCCCAGGCGACCUAACCCAUUUGAACCAACCAACCCAUCAGAUGUUCAUAUUCAAGACAAUGUUAAUGAUAUGGAAAUGCUGAUGAUCAUUGGUCCAGUGAUUGGAGCUGUACUGCUUGUGGUUAUCUCUCUCUUCUUAUUCCUGUUUGUAUGGAAGCGUCGUCGACAGCCAAAGUCACCAGACCAAGCCCAAGUAACGAAACCACUAAUGGCAGACCUUGGUGGUAGUCAUGGAGGUGGUGGUGGUAUUGGGGGAGGAGGCGGUGGUGGUGUUGGAAUCAUUCCAGCUGCUCCCUCGGAUCCUGUCGAGAUGCGACGACUAAAUUUCCAAACUCCUGCCAUGAUGUCUCAUCCUCCUAUACCCAUCUUACAAUUGGCUGAUCACAUAGAAAGACUGAAAGCCAAUGACAAUCAGAAGUUUUCACAAGAAUAUGAGUCUAUCGAACCUGGUCAACAAUUUACUUGGGACAAUAGUAAUUUGGAAAUCAAUAAGCCGAAGAAUCGUUAUGCCAAUGUUAUUGCCUAUGACCAUUCAAGAGUGGUACUUCAGAACUUAGAGGGAGUACCUGGCAGUGAUUACAUUAAUGCUAAUUUCUGUGAUGGUUACCGUAAACAAAAUGCCUACAUUGCUACUCAAGGUCCUCUUCCCGAAACAUUUGGAGAUUUGUGGCGUAUGCUCUGGGAGCAGCGAUCCUGUACAAUUGUGAUGAUGACUAAGCUAGAAGAACGUACAAGGAUCAAGUGUGACCAGUAUUGGCCUGCACGAGUCUCUGCCAUGGAGACAUAUGGAAUCAUGCAUGUUACCCUUACUGAUGUACAGGAACUUGCCACUUAUACUGUCAGGACAUUCCAACUGCAAAGGUCUGGUAGCUUGGAUCGACGAGAGAUUCGACAGUUCCAGUUUACCGCUUGGCCUGAUCAUGGAGUCCCUGACCAUCCCUCUCCAUUCCUAAUGUUCCUUAGGCGUGUCCGCCAUGUCAACCCACAAGAAUCUGGGCCAAUCACCGUCCACUGCAGUGCUGGUGUGGGUCGAACAGGAGCCUUCAUAGUAAUUGAUGCCAUGCUGGAGAGACUUAAGCAUGAACAAACAGUGGACAUCUAUGGCCAUGUCACCUGUCUACGAGCUCAGAGGAAUUAUAUGGUUCAAACUGAAGAUCAGUACAUCUUUAUCCACGAUGCCUUGCUUGAGGCAGUGAUGGCGGGUAACUCGGAAGUACCGGCACGCAGCCUGCAUAAACACAUCGAGACACUGAUGACUGUAGAACCCGGUGAGAAUGCCACUGGCAUGGAGCUUGAGUUCAAACGCUUAGCAAAUAUUAAAGCCCAACCGUCGAGGUUUGUCAGUGCCAACUUGCCUGUUAACAAGUUCAAGAACAGAUUAGUCAACAUUUUGCCUUUUGAAGGUAGCCGUGUGUGCUUGCAGCCUCUUCGUGGAACUGAAGGCUCUGACUAUAUUAAUGCCAGCUUUAUUGAUGGCUACAGGUACCGUUGUGCAUACAUUGCCACUCAAGGUCCACUUCAGGAAACUGUGGAUGACUUCUGGCGGAUGCUCUGGGAGCACAACUCCACCAUUGUGGUUAUGCUAACUAAACUCAAGGAAAUGGGCAGGGAGAAAUGCUACCAGUACUGGCCCAAUGAACGAUCUCAGCGGUACCAGUUUUAUGUGGUAGACCCAAUAGCCGAGUAUAAUAUGCCUCAGUAUAUUCUCAGGGAGUUUAAGAUAACUGAUGCUAGAGAUGGCCAGUCACGCACCAUAAGACAGUUCCAGUUUAUUGAGUGGCCUGAACAGGGUGUGCCAAAAUCUGGAGAAGGUUUUAUAGAUUUUAUUGGCCAAGUCCACAAGACAAAAGAGCAGUUUGGCCAAGAUGGUCCUAUUACCGUUCAUUGCAGUGCGGGCGUCGGUCGCACUGGGGUAUUUAUCACCCUGAGUCAGGUUCUGGAGCGCAUGCAGUACGAGGGCGUUGUUGACAUGUUCCAGACCGUCCGCAACCUUCGUACACAACGCCCUGCCAUGGUGCAGACAGAGGAGGAGUACAGAUUCUGUUACUUGGCUGCUCUGGAGUAUCUGGACAGUUUUGAUCACUUCGUGGACUGACUAAUGAGGCCUGCUGGCUCCCGCCCGCUGUCCAUAUGGACCUGAGAGAACUGUCAGGCUAGCUCAGGUGCUGCAAGAAAGUGCUUAACAUUACCACAUGGUGGGGUACACUACAAUAGAGUAACACUUAUCUAUUUGAUAUACAGGUGCUCUGUGAAGGUAAAUCCAUGUGGGAUGUGUGUUUUAUAAUCUAGUGUGUUUGGCUCAUGCUCUGAGAAAGCCUUUAGUGAUACAAGGAAGUCACCAAGGCCUUCGGUUAGCACUGCAUAGACCUUUAAGGAAGGCCUGCAUGCAGCAAGUGCAAUAAAUUGAUAUAUAAGAGUUGAAAUCAAAAAUAUUUUGUCGAAAACUGCACCCUCCAGCAAAGUAUUCUAAUGCAAGCUAACAUGAAGGAAGGUAUAAAGUAAAUGUUGCUCUAUGACUGCCACAUUAGCUCCUUACGGUGACACUAAAUAAAACCAAGCUGCCUUCCCAUAAUUCUCAUAAGUUACAAUAAAGAGCUUUGUAACAAAUUUCAACUGAUCUGUAGUGGUUGAACACUCGCACGUAUUAGCAACCUCACGGACAUGAUGCUUAAAUUUGCCGUGUUAGGAUUAUGACCAAGAAUGCAGCCAUGUUUGCCUUUUUCACCUGGGGGACAGAUCAUAUAAGUCUCCCAAGACCUCAACAUUAUAAAAAUAGCACAAAAUAUGAGGGAAUUGACAAUAGUGUAACUGAAAUUUAGUGAUCUCAAAAUUAUGUUCAUAUGGUGCUAUGGGUGUGUCAACACCGCACCCACAAAUGUGCCAAGUACUGGGCAUGGGCAUCAACUUUCUUUGUAAUACAAAAUGUAUUUCUGCUAGCUAAUUAAACUCUUGAAAUUGUUCAUUCUUGUUCAGUGAUGGAACAUUGUGAUUAACUGAAUAUGAGCCUCUCAUGCAGAAACUGAUAAUAAUGAUAUCUUAGAAGGAAAUGUGGCCCAAAUACGUGUUCUCAAACUUCCUGCAGAAGAUGCAUAACUGGAACAUCAUAAGUGCUUUCACAAACUGUAGUUUUAAGUUAAAAGAUGUCUACACACAAAGUACAUAUAGAAAUAUAUCCAUGUAUAUAGGGAUGAUGUCCCAUGACUCUUUGACCCAUUACUGAUCAGAGAUGUGAGGAAAAAAAGUAAAAUGCAUAUAUAUAGGUUUCCAAUCUGCCAUUCCAUUCAUGAAUGUAUUUUUGUUUAUUCUUUUAUGUAUGAAUAUUUGGUUCUGCAUGAGUCUUGAGAGAUAUCUGUACUUCGGUUAUUAUGGAAGUGACUUAAGGAAAUGCAUUUUACUGGUAAUAGGACAUUGAAAAAGUAAUUUGUAAUGCGAGUAAUGUUUUCUUGCUGUGAAAUUACCCUUGCCUUGUUACCAUGAUGUAAUACGUCACAUACUGGUCCAAGUUGAUUAUGGUAUUUAUGUUUAGGUAAAUGUUUGUUCAAUUUAAUUUUAGAUGGCUGUUGCACAAGUUUUUAUAUUCUGCAAUUUUUUUUAUACAAGUUUUAGUACUUUACUUUAAGCAUAUUACACAGAAAUAAUUUGACUUUCACCUUCAUAUUUGUGACCCUUUAUAAAAAAUACAAUGUUCACUUGUACCAAAUGUGUGUGAGAGUGAGCAGGUGGGCCAAGUUUGAUACAGCAAUACAAGAUUAGAAGCAUUUUGCAACAUGGUUCAAAGCAGCCAGCCAGCCAGGUUCCUGUUUUCUUGGAAACCAAUUAUGUCCAGCAAAUCAUCAGAAUCUCUUUUAGAAUUGACAGCACAAAAGUCCAUCAUUGACUGGUAGCAUGCAUGAUCUUUAUAGUUUGAAAUGUGACCAAAAUAAAGCAUGUUGGUGUGUGAAAGAGGUUGUGAUGAAUUUUUUGAUAUGUUGGAACAUUAAGUUUUAUAUGACAAGAUUUGAUAAGUAGACUUAAAAUCUAAUAUGACCUUAUUCAUACACUCCACAAUGUUGACAAUUUUUUUUUCAUCUUGGGGAAGGGGGGGAUAAAGAUUUUUUGCAUAUUUUUAUUUGCCAAACACAUUGAAAUAAACCUUUCUGCUGUACAUUAUAGUUAUAAGUUUUAUGUGACUUAUAAAUGCAUAUCAGCAUUACUGGGUGUUGCUUUACUGAAUUGUUAAAGUGCCACCAUAUAGUGAGGUGCAUUUAGAGCAAUAUUAAUUGAUCUUUUUAAUGAAUUUUGUCUUGUGUUUCCUAAGCAUACAAGGUAUUUUUGAGGAAAAUGGGAAGCUGUUUAAAGAUUUCUUGAAAUGAUCCAUCUAGUAAUGGCAGAAGUGGUAGCUUGCAAGAUGAUAAUGAUUAAUUUGUAAACAUAUCAUAUUUUUGCCUUGAGAUACUAUGGUCCCUUCUAAAUAGACCAGUAUCAUUUUGAAGUCAGCAAUACCAAUGACUGCAGCGAGGUCAUGAAUCAUAUGCCGUGGGAAAUCUGUACAGUAUCAAAAAAUUAACAUGCCACAAAAUUUAAUUUAACUGUAUACAACUUCAGCAUUUUCCUCAAUUUCACUUGGAUGUUGUAAUUCAAGUAACAUGAGAAAUAAAUGCAAUCUGUGAAAAAAUACUCAAGAUUAUAUUUUAGAGCAAUUGAUUGUAGGCGUUAUGUACAGAUUCCUCCAACAAAUGAUUGUUAAAACUCUAAAAAUCCAUUGUGUAUAAUAUUUUUUAUUCUUAAUUCUAGACCCCUAAAAACUGAAGAGGCUAUCUGAUGGCAUUUUUGGGAUGACCAAUGAUAAACAGAUUAUUGUGUACUGGCCACCCUGUUUCCGUUUAAAUUUUUUUUAUAUAUAUAUAAUUUUUGCUUCAUUUAGAAUCACUACCACCUCAGAUCAACUGCCAUUAAGCUAUGGGGAUAUGCGGCAAUAGACUCGGCUAACCACUUUGCUCUCUCCCGUCAUGCACAGCUGCCUGGAGCAUGCUUCUGCUUCUCAUGCCAUCCAUUUGCACUCUUGACUAUCAUUUAAAGCCCCCCUCAUUAAUUAAUUAAAAAAAAAAUUGAGACCUUCAAACCAAAAUACAGAAAACCAUUUUUUUUUAAAAGUUCCUAAACCUUUAAUGGUUUGUGAUAGCAAGGUUUAGUCAUGGACCACGACCAACAUGUUCUUUGUGACUUGGCCAAGGUGUAAUGAUAGCUUGACUGCACAUUUUCAUAAUGGGAGGUAUGAGAGGCAGAACUUUCUAUCAAAAUUCUUCUACCCAUGCCAUUAACUUGUUUUGUUUUUACCUAGCUAGCAAUAUUUUGUAAUUCACACAUGUGAUGUAACAUAUUGUAAGAAUAAAAUGGAAACAAAGAA